GUUCAUAAUAACAAUAUAAAUAUGUCAAACAGCUUUUUGUAACAAACAUCGUAUAAAAGUAUAUUUUUCCAACAUUGCUCUCUCGCUUUCUUCCUCGCUUCUUUGCAAGUGGAAUUUCAACAAUUUCUUCAGCUGAUUGCCAAUGAAAGCAAACAAGAACCUGUGGGUUGUAGCAGCAACAUGGUUUUGCUGGACAGUUGCAUUUGGAUUGGCGAGAGUUUGCCCCAUAACUUCAGAUGACAAACACAAACUUGGGUUUCCCACCGUGAGCUUCACCACCGCCGAUGCAACUCCCGACACCUACUCCCAAUUCGUGCAGGCUCUACGAAAAGAGUUGAUAAGUGGAGCUGAAAGCUACUCGAUACCAUUGCUGCGUCAGGAAUCCAAAGUUUCGAAUGCUCAGAGAUUUGUUUUGGUGAAGCUUUCAAAUGCCAAGGCUUCUACCACAUUAGCAAUAGAUGUUGUCAACGUCUACCUGGUGGCUUAUCAAGUUGAAGCUAGUUCAUACUUCUUUAACGAUACUUCUGCUGCUGCAUUUUCUGAUCUUUUCGAAGGCACAACAAAAAUCAGGUUCAAAUUCAGUGGUGGGUAUCCUGAUCUCAAAAACUUAGGUGCCGACAGAGAGAAUGUCGACUUGGGACUCUUUUCACUGGAUUCUGCUAUCUUUUCACUUAACAAAUACAGCUCAUCAGAUCAUAAUAAAAUUGCUGCUCCUCUGCUUGUUGUUAUCCAAAUGGUUUCAGAAGCGUCAAGAAUCUCACACAUUGAGAGGAAGAUUAUGACUUAUUUCUACCAAAGAUUUCGCCCUCUUGGCGACGUGAUUAGCCUCGAAAACCAGUGGAGUGCACUGUCUUCUGCAAUCCAGAAAUCUAAUGGAGGAGUGUUUCAAGAACCAGUUCAGUUGCAAAAAUCUGACUAUACUUUUUUCGAUGUGACCAACGUUAAACAAAUAAGACCUUACUUGGCACUGUUGCUGUUCGAUUCUAAGAAGUCCGUAUCAAGCCUUCGACAAGAUAUAGAUGUAGCUUAAAUAAUGGGCAAGCGUUGAGCUAGCUAAUGCCCACUUCCCCAUCUUAAUUCUCAGUGUGUAUGACGAUAUUGAAUAAAGUGAGGAAUAAAAGUCUCCUUCUUUAUUAUAAAAA